AUGGGGAAGCGCAAAUUGGGAGCCUUGGAAAAGGUGGAUGCUGACCUGUCCUACAUCGAAGAUUUCCGCAGUCAACACUACCAAUAUGAGAGCCACCGGGAGAUAUUCUUGGCGGCGCCAUCAUCAGCGACGGACACGGGGAUAAUUUCACUGCGCGAGCUGAUUGACUUUAUCGCCCAUGUGGCAGAUUGCUACAGUGAUAUUACGAAGAAUUUCCCGAAUGAGUUAAUUGAGAUAUUGUUGCAGCAUCAUGCUGUGCUUGAGAGAGAUUUGCGCGAGAAGAUUGUGGGUAGUUUGGUGUUGUUGAGGAAGAAAGAGAUUAUUGAUUCUGCUACACUCCUGCAGACUCUCUUCCCGGUCCUUAUUUCCACUCCAAGCAAGACGCUCCGGGCAUUCAUAUUCCAAAAGAUCAUCUCUGAUCUUCGCACUUCAAAUUCAAAGACUAUCAACCAUAAACUAAACAGAACCAUCCAAACAGUCCUCUACAACCUCGUCACAUCCGAUAGGACAUCCAUAAAAGCUCUAUGGGCCAUCAAAAUUACAAGAGAGUUAUGGAAACGGCAAAUAUGGACCGAUGCCAAGGCAGUGGAGAUCAUGAAAGAGGCCUCGUUGGCAGAUAAUGAGAAAGUGGCUGUUGGUGGGGUACGCUUCUUCCUUGCUGGUGACAAGGAGAGAGAUGAGCUAGAGGAUGAGAGCAGCGACGAAGAGAUACCUGAUAUAUCACGAGUACGCCACCAGCUUGCGAUCAAUAAAAAGACCAAGAAGAAGUCACGUCAGGUGGAGAAAGCUAUUAUAACGGCGAAGAAAAAGGAGAAGAAGAAUAAUCAGCCGCAUCCGCUUAAUUUCUCCGCGUUCCAUCUGUUACACGACCCGCAGGGUUUUGCGGAGACACUCUUCUCGAAACAUCUGCAAAAUACCAAGUCCAAGUUGAAUCUCGAACAGAAGUUGCUUGUUCUGCAGCUGGUGUCGCGGCUUGUGGGGCUGCAUAAACUUACGAUGAUUCAGCUAUACUCAUACUUCCUCAAGUACCUAACACCAAAGCAACCGUCUGUCACUUCAUUUUUGGCUUCGCUAGCUCAAUCAUCGCAUUCUCUCGUACCUCCUGAUGCCCUUGAGCCACUUGUUCAGAAAAUUGCGAAUGAGUUCGUCUCUGAAGCUGCAGCCGCAGAAAUUGCGUCGGCUGGGUUGAAUGCAAUUAGAGAGAUUUGUGUGCGGCAGCCACUUGCCAUGAGCGACACUUUGCUGCAAGACUUGGUCAUGUACCGAAAAAGUAAAGAUAAAGGAGUCAUGAUGGCCGCUAAAGGGCUAUUAAGUCUCUAUCGAGAAGUUGGUGCUGAGCUAUUGAAAAAGAGGGAUCGUGGAAAAAUUGCAACUAUCGAACUGAAGGCUGGAGAGCGAAAGAAUAUCCGCUUUGGGGCAGAAGAGACUGGGGAGAUCGAAGGUAUUGAGUUGCUGGAGCAGUGGAAAGAAGAGGAACGGCAGAAGAGGCGACGGGAGAAGGGACUGCCGUCUGAUGGGGAAAGUGGAAACGAGGAAGAUGACGAAGAAGACGAUUGGGGCGCUUGGGAUGUGGAGGAUGAUGAGGACAGUGAUGAUUCUGGUGGUUGGAUUGACGUUCAGAGCGACGCAGAGAUCGAGAUUAGCGAUUCUGAAGACGACGGGCCCACAGCCAAGAAACCCAAAAUCGCAGUUGAUGCUGAAUCACGAGCAACGACAGAAGAUGCACAUCAAGAAAAGGAAAAGGAAAAGAAACGAUCAAGUCUGGCAACAACUCGUAUCCUAACACCAGCGGAUCUUGCAAAACUCGCUGAACUCCGCGCCAAAGAGAGCGUCACAUCCCUCCUCCCACAACAUAAAACUCAGCGACAGAAGCAGGCUGCUUCAAACCCAGCCAGGCAUUCGGAUGAUCCUCUCACAGCCGCUGAGAUUGAAGGGCUUGCUCUGCUCUCUGAGGCCAGGGCGACGCGGGCGGAGAAAAUUGCACGGAUGAACGAGCUCAAGACGGACAGGGCUGAGCAUAAGAGCAAGGCUGCGAAGAAGAAGGAGAGGAAAGAGACACAGGGGAAAAGUACGACGAACAAGGAGAAGGCGAGGAGGAAGAAUUUCAUCAUGACGCUGGGGAAGGCGAAGAGUAAAGGGAAGAGGAGUCUGGUGGAGACGCGGAAUGUAUUGAGGGCGCAUCAUGACCGGCAGAAGAGAGGGGGGAGAAGGGGGAAUGCUGGGUGA